UUCCAAACUCUGACAAUUAUUAAAACCACACAGGGAUAACGGUAAUCUGAAAUCUGUAGCUCCAAAUUCAGCGAUUUAAGGAUGGAUCUCUACUCACUAUGUACAGUGAUCCUUGUGGUUCUCAUCAGCUGCCUUAUGGCAAUAUAUGGGAGGAUGAUGUUGGAAAGAGUGAAACUCCCCCCUGGACCAACUCCUCUUCCCAUCAUUGGAACCCUACACAAAAUGAACGUCAGCAAUAUAGUACACUCACUGAUGAAGUUGAAAAAAACCUAUGGAGACAUAUUUACAAUAUAUGAAGGGAACCGUCCUUGUGUUGUGCUGUGCGGAUAUGAAGCUAUAAAGGAGACACUGAUUGACAAACCAGAAGAAUUCAGUGGUCGGGCUUAUUUCCCUUCAGUCUCUGACUUUACCAAGGGAGAUGAGUUAGGGUUCAGCAAUGGUGAGAAGUGGAAGGAGCUUAGGAAUUUUUGCCUAAUAACACUGUGUAAUUUCGGGAUGGGGAAACGAAGCAUUGAGGAGCGGAUCAAGGAGGAGGCUGGAUAUCUCAUUGAUAUGCUGAGACAAAAAAAUGGUUCCCCAAUAGAUCCCAAGCAUCACAUACACUGCUCUGUAGCCAAUGUCAUUUGCUCUGUCCUAUUUGGGAAACGGUUUGAUUACCAAGAUGAAGAAUUGCAAAAACUUGUACACUGCAGUCAGUACAAUGUCAGAAUCAUGAGUAAUCCCUGGGGGCUGAUGUACAACAUGUACCCAGAGUUCAUGAAGUGCAUACCGGGACCUCAUAAACAAAUGAUGAAGAAUUAUGCAUUUGUAAUAGACAUUAUCAAUAAAAGAGUGGAGAACAAUAUAAAGACUUUGGACAGGAAUAACCCCAGGGAUUUUAUAGACUGUUUCCUGAUCAAAAUGGAAAAGGAAGAGAAAAAAAAUCCCAACUACUAUAACAAGAACACUAUGUUGAUGAACAUCAUGGUCUUGAUCUUUGCCGGGACAGAAACAAUGAGCAAUACACUAACUUAUCUAUUUUUACUGCUGUUGAAGCACCCCAAUGUGGCAGAGAAAGUCUGCCAAGAGAUAGAUGAUGUAAUUGGUUGUCGUCCUCCUAAUUACGAGGACAGGUAUAAAAUGCCUUAUACUGAAGCUUUUAUUCAUGAGGCUCAGAGAUAUGCUGAUGUAGUUCCACUGAGUCUUCCUUAUGAGCUAACCAAGGCCACCCAGCUACGUAAUUAUACAUUCCGUAAGGGAACAGUUUUCAUUGCACUGCUGUCAAGUGUACACAAUGACAAGACCCGGUUCAACAACCCAGAGCAUUUUAACCCAAAUAACUUUCUUGAUGAAAAUGGGAAGUUUAAGAACAACAAUGCACUGAUGCCAUUUUCAGCAGGCAAAAGAAUUUGCCCUGGAAUGAGUCUGGCAGUUAUGGAAAUUUUCUUAUAUGUCAUUACAAUGCUACAAAACUUUACCAUCAAGUCACCGGUCCCCCCUGAAGAGAUCUCAGUGGCACCAGUGGGAGUGGGGCUUGCACACAUUCCUCCCAACUAUGAAAUUUGCCUUUUACCUCGUUCAUGUUCUCCAAAGUCAAAGGAUUAAGGAAUAAAUAAAUAUGAAAUUGUGCUUUAUACUGAAACUUCCAUGACUACAGCGAGAUAGUAAAGUAAUACAUUUUUAAGUACCCAAAUAUUGGGGAAUACGUAUGAAAUCCCGGCUGUAGGGAUACUGGUGGUCACAUGACCGACCACGGCAUCACGACACUGAAGAUCCCAACAUUGGAGGGGUAAGUAUUUCUAACCCCCUGUUCCCUAACCCUACCCUCUGUGGGUGUCGGCUACGGCAAACCAGGUACCCGGGCCGAUGGGCAGGUGGGCCGAUCCGGUCCCUCAGAGAGCUUGGAAGGCCUCAUGCAGCGCAGCCUCUGGCUCUCUGAUUCAGCCGCCCCCACCAGUCUCCAUGGAAAUGGGGGCGUGCUGUGUGUCCACGCACCUGGACUCAUGGCGUGCCCCGCCCCCAGCAAGUGUUGCCAUGGUAAUGGGGGCAUGCCACGAGUCCACGCCCCCAUGAUUCGGGGCACGCCCCCGUACAUCAUGGCAGCACACCCCUGUGUUGUGCACAUGCGCCCCCGUGACGAGCGCGCAUUCUCCGAGUGCCCGGGCCGAUUUAUAGCCCCAGUCCGUCGCUGCCAGGGAUGCACGGUGAGGUAAAUGGCUCAGGAGGCACUGGCUAGUACCAGUGCCAGAUUUACACACAAUAUAUGAGCCCAAGGGCUCAUGUGGGCAUUAUACACAGAUGCAUCAGUAUAUACUGUUGGAAAUUUGAUGAGUUUUGAUCAGAGCUGUGCAGAAAAGGAAGGCAGGUGAGGCACUGCCUCCUGUCAAACUUUUUACUCCAGAAUUUUGACUAUAAAAAUGAUUAGAAUAGUACAAAGAUGAUAUUUCUAAUAUAUUCCUUGUAUUUUUCAUAUACUUUAUAUAGUCAAAACUCUGGCGUAUACAAUAGUAUGACAGGAAAGGCUCUGCCUCACCCCACCGCACGUCACUGCGGCUUACCCUUUGGGGGGUGGUGGCUAGGGCUAACCCCCCAUAGUACCUAACCCCCCCAUAGUGCCUAACCCUAACCUACGGGGCACUAACACUAAGCCUGAACCCCUGAUGCUCACCUUCGGCAACUCAGCUUUCGUUGAUCCAGCGCCGGUCUCCUGAGUGGUGUCGGGAUUCCGGUGUAGGCCACAUGACUGCUGGUAUCCCAACAGCCGCACCACGAUAUGGGCUACACUGGAUUUUGUAUUCUGUGGAUUUCAAAAUAUAGUACCAGUGAAGAACUUAAUGGAUAGAGAGAAUAUCAUCAUCUAGGCCUGGCCUGAUGAAAAAUGUAAAUAUUACAAUGAUUGCACAAUCUAUUUUCUUUGUUUUAAAAAUCCAAAGUAAUGUGUGAAUUUUUUUUGUAAAGGGAUAACCUGUAGGAGUAUUGCCAAAAAGAUUAGCAAGAUUUUGGUUGGAAGUGAAGAGAGAUAAAGUUCUAGCCAUUCAGCUUAUCGCGGUCAUUUUACAGGAAGUCUUUAAAAAAUGUCAGGAUCUGAUUGCUUGUUACUUUAUCUCUCUCUCUAUUUUAUUUCUCUUCAAGGUUUGCUAAAUCUAGCCCAUGUCUGUAAACUGGUUUUAUGUGCAUACAGUUUGUAAGCUGAUUCUAAAUUAUUCAUGGUUACUAAUUAUUAAGAAUUGUCUUUAUCUAUCUAUCUAUCUAUCUAUCUAUCUAUCUAUCUAUCUAUCUAUCUAUCUAUCUAUCUAUAUAUCUAUCUAUCUAUCUAUCUAUCUAUCUAUCUGCAUUGUAUGUAUAUAUAUAUAUAUAUAUAUAUAUAUAUAUAUUCCUUAUUAAAGGAAGUGAUGCAACUAUGUGGGUAGCUUAAAUAGCUGCUGUGAUAAUCACUACAUCAUUCCACUACUUCCACACAUAUGGUUGCUGCUGAACCCACUAGGGUGAGUUUAUGGAUUAUGCCUGCUACAUUUAUUUUUGGGGGCUUCAGUUUAGUACCAUAGAAGUUCUCAUAAAGAACCAUUCAUUGUCAAAUUUUGUUUAUUUUAAUCAGAAUAAUGUUUUUCAUAUUUAAGAUCCAUUUGUGAACUUUAUUGAGGAAGUUUCAGUGCACAUACCCUUGUGAUUGUUAAAUCAGCCAUACUAUCUUGGUAUGUACAUUUAUGCAUGUUUUUGUUGUGAACUUUAAUGACUGACACACCUCACGUCAUAUAACAAGUCAAUUUUGAUACUUUUAGACUCAUAUAUCUUUGUGCCAGAACCUGAACUAGAACAGUUUUGGUUACAAGAUUCAAGUAAUUUAUUCAGGUAUGUGUGCAGUAAACACUGUCAGUCUCCUUAUUUAAAUCAUCCUAGUAUUGGUCUAUGAUCAUACCAGAUUUUCCUUUUUGCCAGGUGGUUUUUAUAAAACACUGGCAUAUGAUUGUCAGCAUUUUCAAGAAGAGCUACAAUUAAAGCUCUUAUUAGGAGCCACAUAAGAGAUGAAUGUAUUCAUUUCUAUGGUAUGUUCCUCUAUUCAUAAAAAGUUAUCCAACAUUAGUUUCUCAUUUAUAAACACAUUUAACAAUGUGUUUCUAUUCAUUCAUAUUUUUUAGGUUGUGAUCUUUUGUAUACAAACCUACUAGUAUCAAAUAGAUCUGAUUUUUAUAUUGGUAGGUAUUUACCUUAAUUAAAAUUCCUCAUACAUUUUCCCAAACAAGUUACCCCUGAUGAAGUAAUUUAGACAAAACGCGUUGGGUCUGUCAGUCAAAAGCUAUCAACCCAGUUUGUGAAGAUAUUCCCUUUGAGCUCACACCUUGAAAAAGGUGAGGGAGUAUCUGGAAGUAACAUCAUAUAUUGAACAUACUGGACAUAACUUACUGGCACAUGUAUUUUAUACAAUUUUAUAUGCAAAUAUUCUGUAAUGAAGUAUUUGUAACAUCUAUUUGUUCAAAUUUGUGAUAUUAAACUUAUAUUUUACUA